AUGGCGGCGCUGGGAGAACCUGUGCGGCUGGAGAGGGAUAUUUGUAGAGCAAUUGAAUUGUUGGAAAAACUACAAAGGAGUGGAGAGGUCCCACCACAGAAACUUCAGGCCUUACAAAGAGUUCUUCAAAGUGAAUUCUGCAAUGCUGUACGAGAGGUGUAUGAACAUGUUUAUGAAACUGUGGACAUCAGUAGCAGUCCUGAAGUGAGAGCUAAUGCAACUGCAAAGGCUACUGUUGCGGCAUUUGCUGCCAGUGAAGGGCAUUCUCAUCCUCGAGUUGUUGAGUUACCAAAAACAGAAGAGGGCCUCGGAUUCAAUAUUAUGGGAGGCAAAGAACAAAACUCUCCAAUCUACAUCUCACGAAUAAUUCCAGGUGGGAUUGCUGAUAGACAUGGCGGCCUCAAAAGAGGAGAUCAACUCCUUUCUGUUAAUGGAGUGAGAUGA